AAGACCUUUUAAAAAAUGGCAUUAGCAUCACAUAUUCUUAUUCUUCUUUCUCUUUUUCUUCUCAUUUCGCUCGUCCGACCACAAGUUCCUCCAUCGGAGCAAUUCCGAUUCCUAAACAACGGCGACUUUGGAGAAUCCACGGUGGAGUACGGUGCAAGUUACAGAGAUUUAGGUGUAAUACGUAACCAAUUUCGUCUAUGUUUCUUCAACACCACGCCAAACGCAUUCACACUGGCUAUAGGGAUGGGAACAGGAAGUUCUGAUUCCAUCAUUCGUUGGGUAUGGCAGGCUAACCCGCAAAACCCAGUUCAAGAAGAGGCUUCUCUUUCGUUCGGACCUGAAGGAAACCUUGUCCUGUCCCAGCCAGAUGGCAGAGUCGUAUGGCAGACCAAUACAGAAAAUAAAGGCGUUAUAGGCUUAACGAUGAACGAAAACGGAAAUCUUGUGUUGUUUGAUGAUGGAGGAUGGCCCGUAUGGCAGAGCUUUGAUUUCCCGACGGAUACACUCUUGGUCGUUCAGUCUCUUACAGUCGAUGGGUCAAAGAACAAACUCGUAAGCCGCAACAAUGGGUCUUUUAGUCUUAUCUUAGAGCCGGACCGACUCGUUCUGAACCAUUUAAUCCCUCGGAGCAACAACAAAUCCGCUGUGUAUUACAUUAUAGAAGGUCGGUUUAUUCCAAGCGCCACUCUUUACGCGGCUAAAGAUCAAGGGACCACGACUCAAUUGGGCCUAUCCACGCCGGGGCUUAGGCCUGAGUUUCCAUAUAAACAUUUUCUCGCAAGGCCAAGAUUCAACGCCUCGCAAAGUUUCCUCAGGCUUGACGCUGAUGGAAAUCUUAGGAUUUACACUUUCGAUUCCAAGGUUACUUUUCUUGCAUGGGAAGUAACAUUCGAGCUUUUCAACCACGACAACAACAACGAGUGUUGGUUACCGUCCAAGUGUGGAGAGUUUGGGCUUUGUGAGGAUAAUCAAUGUGUGGCUUGUCCGUUGGAGGUGGGCUUACUGGGCUGGAGUAAGGCUUGUAAGCCUAAGAAGGUGAAGAGUUGUGAUCCGAAGACUUUUCAUUAUUAUAGACUUGGAGGAGUUGACCAUUUCAUGACUAAGUAUAACGUUGGUCUUGCGCUUGGAGAGAGCAAGUGUCGAAGUUUGUGUAGUCGAGACUGUAAAUGUUUGGGCUCGAUGGAUCUAACGACGACGCGUCAGAGGCGUCCACUUAUAUCUGACUCUUCUUCUUCGUCUUCCACGAAAUCUUACUCGAAGACUGAUAAGCCUGGCCGAUCUAACGGCAGGGAUGCGGAGGAUGGUGGCCUCCGGUGGUUCAUGCCGUUUAUAGCGCUUUGUUAUCUUCGUUACAUGAGCGCGACUUCUAAUAUCAUUCAUGACUGUGAUGAAGUGUUCAAUUACUGGGAGCCUCUUCAUUAUCUUCUCUACAAGUCCGGAUUUCAGACCUGGGAAUACAGUUCCAACUUUGCUCUUCGGUCGUACUUAUACAUUCUUUUCCAUGAAUUGGCUGGACGGCCUGCUUCUUGGUGGUUUGGUGAUGACAAGGUUAGAGUUUUCUAUGCAGUGAGACUCUUUCUCGGACUGGUUUCUGCAGUUUCAGACACUGUCCUGGUUGUUGCACUCUCCAGAAAGUACGGCAAACGUCUUGCUACAUAUGCAGUUGCGAUGCUCUGCUUAACCAGUGGCUGCUUCUUUGCUAGCACCAGUUUCCUCCCCAGUUCAUUUUCUAUGUACGCCAUAAGCCUCUCUUCUGGUUUAUUACUUUUCGAGAAGUAUGCCAUGGCUGUUGCAGUUUCGGUUGUCGGGGUGAUUCUUGGCUGGCCGUUUUCUAUCUUGGCCUUUUUACCUGUCGUUAUUUACUCUCUGGUUAAGAGAUUCAAGCAAGCAUUUAUCUCUGGCGCUGUCACCUCUAUUUUCCUCCUAGGAGUCUCACUACUUGUGGAUUACUAUUAUUACAAGAGAUGGACAUCAUCGGUUUUGAAUCUCUUGAUAUACAAUGUGUUAGGGGGUGGAGAGAGCCAUCUCUAUGGGACUGAAGGAGCACUGUUUUAUAUAAGAAAUGGAUUUAACAACUUCAACUUCUGUUUCAUUUUGGCCAUGUUGUUUGUCGCAAUAUAUCCUGUUAUCAGAAGAAAGUAUGACCGUGGCCUGCUGGUUGUGAUUUCGCCGAUGUAUAUUUGGCUGGCAUUCAUGUCACUUCAGCCCCACAAAGAAGAAAGGUUCCUUUAUCCUAUAUACCCUCUUAUAUGUGUCUCUGCUUCUGCUGUUAUUGAGAACAUCCCUGAGCUGUUCCGGGAAAAGUAUAGCUCACGUGAAAGUUUUCUGGUGACAAUAACCAAAUACAUGCGACCUGUGAUUCUUGGUUUUAUCUUAUGUGCUUCACAUUCUCGCACAUUUGCUCUUAUUAAUGGCUAUUCCGCUCCCUUAGAGGUCUACAAACUACUAGAGCACCAUGAUGAUGCAGGACCAGGUUCUGUUCUAUGUGUGGGAAGUGAAUGGCAUCGAUACCCAUCAUCGUUUUUUGUGCCUGACUACAUCAGCGAAGUACGGUGGAUCGAUGAUGGAUUCCGCGGUCUUCUUCCAUUCCCAUUUAACAGUACACUUGGAGGCACUGCAGCAUCACCUCCAUACUUCAACAACAAGAACCAAGCAUCCGAAGAACAAUAUUUAAAGAACAUCGAAACUUGUACAUUCCUCAUUGAGUUGCAGCUUAGCAGACCGUAUCAAUAUCGAGGCAGCGACUUAUCUACGUGGGAGGCUGUUGCGGUGUUGCCUUAUUUGGACAGAGAGCUAUCGCCAGCUAAGUAUAGAUCGUUCUUCAUCCCGUACAUGUGGCAGGAGAAAAACGUGUUUGGCAAAUACCGUGCGAUAAUGGCCAAUAGUAAUCUUCCCCGAAGAAUCAUCAAGGAAACUCAACGUCUGCUUAGUGAACCUGCUCCUGGGAUAAGUGCGUCUCCAUCAGAGGAAAAUAUGCGAUAUUUCAAUGUUAUGAUUCUUGGUCCUACUCAAUCUCCUUAUGAAGGAGGAGUUUUCAAGUUGGAGCUCUUUUUGCCUGAAGAAUAUCCCAUGGCAGCUCCCAAGGUUAGGUUUCUCACCAAGAUAUACCAUCCUAACAUCGACAAGCUUGGAAGAAUCUGCCUUGACAUACUGAAAGACAAGUGGAGUCCUGCACUACAAAUACGUACUGUGCUCUUGAGUAUCCAAGCUCUUCUAAGUGCACCAAAUCCAGAUGAUCCUCUGUCUGAGAACAUAGCUAAGCAUUGGAAGAGCAAUGAAGCAGAAGCUGUGGAAACAGCUAAGGAAUGGACUCGUCUUUACGCAAGUGGUGCUUGAUGAUUGCAAAUGGAGAAAGAACAUUGUCAUUUAAAUAACAUUAUAUGGUGAAACUCUAUCUCAAGGUUUUAUCUGAAUCCUUUUUCUGAAAACAGGGAAAAAAGAUUUGUACUCUCUGAAUUUGUAUAACUAGGGGGAUCUAAGUUUACCCAUAUCUGGAAUCUAACUUUCUUCAAUUGUGCUUGCUUUUGAUCUUUGUUUGUGUUAAAUAUGCUUCAUAAUAUUUAAAGCAGUGUAGAUAAUCAGAUUACACAGGUUGUGAAUCAAAGUAAAUUUGAUGA